AUGUUAGGUAUAUUGGAAGCACAUAAUAGUAGCGAGAAGGCAACUAGUAAUGGUGUUUCCAGUGGUGCAAAUGGUGCAGUUUAUGUUGGUGAGCAUUUAAAAACAAGCGUUGAUUUUUCAUCAAAUGAGGAAGCUUUACGAAAAUUUAAAUGUUCCGAAUGUCCAAAAGCAUUCAAAUUCAAGCACCAUUUAAAAGAGCAUACGCGAAUACAUUCUGGCGAGAAACCCUUUCAGCUUACUUCGUAA